UGUGAUUUUCUGCAUUUUCUCAGACUAGCGCAUCAUUCACUUUAUAUUCUGCUUGUUUGUUCUUUGGCGAGCCACAAGUGAAGAGGAGGGAUGAGCGGUGGUGCUGGCUCGGAUUCUGACUCCAACCGAGCCAUGGACUGCCCAUCGCCAACCCACGCCAAUGGUCCCCAUCGUGAUCAUGGAGACCAUCAUCGCACAAUGGUCACUGAAGCAUCAGACCAGCCCGACUCACAGCCACCAGCGCUGCAAAGUCCUGCCGCCAACUGUAUGCGGUUUAGCCGCCGAGACGCCGAGCUGGCCUUCCUCGACCGCGUGCUGGACCUCGCCGAUACUACUGCUGCUGCAGCAGCCGUGUUGGAUGGUGAUGCAAGACCAAAGCCAAGGCGGGCGCACGGGCAAGGCGACGCGGUCGAAACGCCGACCCCAACUCCGGCUGCCUCGUCACUGGAGCACUGGUCUGGUGGUGGUGGUGGUGGUGAAUGCAUCCCGUUGCUGGAGCGCCUGCGAUUCCUGGCGAUUGUCGCGUCGUCGUUGGAUGCAUUCUCGCUGAAACGGCUGGGCAAGCUCGAGCUGGAACAGUCGCAAGCCAACGCGGCCGUCAAAGCCAGUCGUGCCGCUAUGCCUGAGCGCACAACGGCGGCAACACCAGCGACGCCAUCGUCGCAGCGGCCGUCAGACAGUCGGGACUCGACACAGACAUCGAUGGACGCUACGUCGGACUGGGCGGUGGGUGCCCUCCCAUCCGAGCUACUCCCAGUGGCGCUGCUCCACCAAGCGCGUCGCGAGCAGCAGGCCGCAAGUCAGCCUGACAGUGGUAGUAGCAGCACUGAGGCUGGCAAUGGCCAACCUGACACCAACAACUCGCAGCUACAUCGGUUACAAAGUUCGUUAGAGCGGUACGCUGCGGCAGCAGCUCCAGAUACGUCUGAUUCCGUCGCUCCAACCACCAGUUCGGUCUUGCAAUCAAACGACAAAUGCAUGGUGCUGCUGCCCGAGUAUUUGCAAGUGAACCAGCACAUUAGCCAGCUCGAGUGUCGGAUGCGGCAACUCUUUGCGCGCCAGCUACAACCCGACCUUGCGGCGGUUGGAAUUGACAUUGUCACCAAUCCAAACACCCUCUCCGUCGUCGAACGGUCGGAAGUUAUUGCGCAGUGUGAAACCAAGCUGCUUCCGCAUUUACGCAUCUCGACAAAGCUCCCUCACCCAGCGUCCUUGGAUGCAGCGGUUGGCACAAUACACUUGUUUGUGGGCAGUGCCGCUGCCGUUUCUUUGGCGGGGCAAGCUGAAUCCUCCUCAACAACUCCAUUCUUCCCAAGUUGGUUUCGACCGUCCGGCGCCCAAGACCAAGCCGACGAGCAGCAGCAGCAGUUCUUGUGGAUUGAAAUUCCACCAGUCGCGGGCAAGUGGUUGUAUCUGGCGCGAAAGAACGAUCGCCAUGCGUUUGUCCCGGUGGAAGUCGCCGUUGCGUUGUCUCUGCGCCAAGUGGCUGUCGAACACCCACAAUUGCUUUCCCUCUUUGCCAAGCUAGCAAUUCUUCCUCAGUCCACAGGAACUUCACUCUCGCCACCAUAUAUCUGCGCAGGAGUGCACAUACUGCGUGAUUCUCACCCUCAUGCAGAUACGCCACGACAGGACGACGACUCUGCCUCCGAAAUACCAAUCCCCGAAUCCAUGUUGCAGCUCUUACAGGAACGACAGGACGCUCGCAUUGUGCGAUUCGUUGCCCAGCCGCUGUGUACCUGCUCCCUCCAGUCUCCGUGUCCAGCGUGUGCUCCAGCGGAUACGAUGCGCGCUGUCUAUCAAACGUGGUUGUGGUCGCUAAUGGCCCAACUCGACCUGCCGCUGGAAAGUGUCUUGCUCGUGCUGGCAAGCGGCCAUCGAGCUGCUUCGGCCCACACCGCCACCUCAGCGUUGGCGGGACUUCCGGAACUCAGAAUCGUAGAGCAGUCAGCUUCGCUGCUGCACUUGCAUCGUCUGGACCAGUUAGUCAGCGCGGUCAGCAACCCGCAACUCAAGUUCCCGCCAUGGCGUCCCGUGGUUCAUCCGCUGUUUGCUUUCUUGCCAAAUUCGCUGAACGAAAUGAACCCCGAGAUUGCCGACCGAUUUUUCGAACGUCUCACCGAGCGCGACGUCAUGGCGCAUCAUCCGUUCCACAGUUGGACCCAUUCGGUGCUGGCCAUGCUGCGGGCGGCUUGUCUUGAUCCCAAGGUCACCGACAUUACCAUUAGCCUGUAUCGCGUAGCGGAGAAUUCGGCCGUGGUACAGAGCUUGGUGGAGGCUGCUACCACCUUUCAGAAACGCGUAACAUGCAUUGUCGAGCUCCGAGCCUCGCUGGACGAGGAACGCAACGCGUGGGCGGCUCGUCGGUUGCGAGAUACGGGCCGUUGCCGCGUUCUGUUUGGUCGGCAAGCUUGGAUUAUGCACGCAAAGUUGCUGGUUGUGACGCGGCGAGAAGGCGGUGACAGGCCCGGGACCGCGGCGCCAACUGAGCGCCUGUAUGCUCAGAUCGGGUCGGGCAACUACAAUGAGAGCACAUGCGAUCGCUACACGGACUUGAGUUACUUUACCUCCAACCCGCUGAUUACUGCUGAAAUUACCCAGCUGUUGGCGCGCGUCGCGGCCGAAGGAGUGCCAAUUUGGCAAGAGGUUGUCUUGUGGUUGUCUGCGCUGCUUGCCGCUCUGGUCCUGUACGUGGCGGCCAUUUUUUCCUUGUCGUUUUUCAAGCAACUGCUGGCCUCAAAGUCAGAAACACCGACCGAACCUGUCCCGACCUCGGCUUUGCCUGCCAGCGAAGAAGCAGAGUUUCCCACCCAACAUGUUCUCGUUUCGCCUUUCAACAUGCGCGAUCGCUUUCUUGCGUUGAUUGCGCACGAGACGGAGAUGGCCAAGAGCAAAGCCAAGUCCGAUUCCAGCGACGACGGGCUGCCAGACAUUUUUGCGUGUUGCAAUGCUUUGGAUGACGGUGCGAUCGUAGAGGCCCUGAUUCAAGCUGCACAGGCGGGUGCUAAUAUUUUCCUGUCGGUGCGAGGUCCAAGCCGUAUCACUCCCAAGAUGCGGAAUAUUCGCAGUUUGCGCAUCAUCAGCGUUGUUGGACGAUUUCUCGAGCACACACGAUUCUUCUACUUUCGCAACGGUUGGAGCGGCUGGAAGGACGCCAACGGCGAGCCUUCUAGCAACCCCAAUUCGAACGAUUCUCAGCUGGCCCUACCUAGAUCUGGUCCGAUGUACAUUGUCGGCAGUGCAGAUUGGGCCCAUUCAAAGCUGAGCAAGCGCAUCGAGAUUGCUUUGCCUGUGCGCGACCCGUUGAUUGCCUCUCAUCUGGAACGUACGAUGCGACUCUACCUCAGCACCUCGACAGCCUGUCAAAUGCAAGAGGAUGGCAGCUAUUCGGUUCAGUCUGCAACGACUGCGCGCGCUGAUGACGUGCAAGUUUCGCUCAUGAAGCUCGUGCAACAAUCUCGUCUCUAGACCCAACCCCGCUCGAGUAGAGCUCUCAUAUAUCUUUUUGAUUGAUUUAUUUUCAUGUGUGUGAAGUUUACCAUAUGUACAACAAUUUAUUCUUCUGUAC